GGAUAUGAUGAAAAUGCCGAAAUAGACGACUGGGAAGAUGCAAACUUCUUUGUUUACAAAGUGACUGAUAGAUACGGUUUUCUCCAGUAAGUUAGGUCAUUGUGGACAUUACUGGUACCUGGUUUCUAGAACUUUUACAGUUGAACCUUGAUAUAAUGAAACUCUGUAUAAAAAAGUCCUUGGUAUAAUAAACUAUAUUCUUCGCCUCAGAAAAAUAGUAAUAUGAAAAAGAACCUUGAUAUAACGAAUGGCAAACAAAUUUUUGCCAGUCCCCUGGGCCUUCAUUAUGUUGAGGCUCCACUGUUAGUAAUAAUAACGUCCAUCUUUAUGGGGAACUAAGUUGAUACAUGUACAGUAGCGAGUCAGCAUUUAGGCAGCUGCCAUCAGUGUGGUCCAAGAUCAAGCCCCACCAUCAAUACCAUUUGUGGGGUCAGUUUGCUGUUAGUUCCUUGCCCUUGCUCCAAGGACUUUUUCUACAGUUAACUCCAGUUUGCUCCUCUCCUUGAAAGCCAACAAUUCGCUGUCAAAUUCCAGUUGCUUUAUUGGUUUAUUUUAUUUCACACUAUUUAAGUAAAAGUUCACAGAUUUAAGAUGUAAGAAUUACAGAUUUCCUUGAAUAGUCAAUUAAAUACUUGGUAAAACAGAGUCAUUUGUAUGUUGAAUGUGUGUGGUGGCCAAAGUAGCAUUUGCUUUUGAAUUGGCCACCACGUACUUAGCCUAAGACUUGGUUGUGGCUCAUGAAGAGAGUUAAAAUAGACAGUCACUCUCACACGUGCAGCCGUGCAGCUGUGAUGAUGCCCCGUGUGGCCAUUAGAACACAGGAACACUUCUCAAACAAGUUCGUCAGAGCUCCUUAAUGUUUCAUGUCAACAACUGUGUUUCUUUGUAUGCAGUUCCUGAGAAGUUGGAAAGCCUUUUGAGUUGCUUUUGAAGUUCGCACAGAGUUUCUUUUUUGGUCAAAUUGUUUAACAGGCCUAAUCAAGUUUUGUAUUAUCCUCAAAGAGCCUCAGAACCUAGACUUUAAGUGGCUGUUGAUGUGAUGUAAAUUCUCUCUUACCUUUUGUCUUUUCCUCCAGCAAAAACCAGCUCAAUGAAGAAAGAGAUGAAAAGGUACCUAUACAAUAGUUAUCAACUUAUUAGUGUCUUGUUUUCCAUUGGGAUUUGAGUUUGAGUAUUGGCUUCUUACUUUGUAGCUGUGAGAUACAGUUAUGUGAGUAAAGAGGUCAAUACAAGUACUAUGGCAUGUACAGUAGUUACCUUGCCACUCCGGCUACUGGUUUAUUUUGUGGCAAUACGUAAACGAAGAAAAACACAACGCAUUACCUACUUUCUUUCUUUAGGAAAAAUCAUACAUUUAAUGGUUUCUUCUGUUAGCUGCUAUGUUGUUUGGAUGGUCGGGGUAAAUGCUUGGACCAUAGUUCUGGUUUAGUGUGAAAUUUCUGUAAAAGGAAAAGAAAAAUUGCCAUUAAAAUACUAAUAGUCCAUGUUUAACACUGCAUGUACAUACAAGUACCUUUAGAAUAUAUCCCAAAAUCAACAUUUCCCAGACAUUUUCUUAUUUGAGUCUUACUUCAUUUCUAUGUGUGAUGCAUGGAGCUGAAAGGUUGUAACAUUUUAAACAUUGUUAUACACUGUACUUUCAUCUACAUUGCCUCUUUGCUCAUGCCCAAUCUCAUUGAAAAUAUGAUGAUGGUCUGUAGCAUGCAGUUGUGUGAUGCUGUACAAUUUUUUCCAUGUAUGCCUAACUUUAAAGUUGCAGGGAAACAGUACAUUACAAGUGCAUGUAGUUUAGAUGAUAUGAACUUGUUGGUUUCUUAUCAUUUCCCAAUAGCUUCUUGCACUGGAAAGAGAGAGAACGCAAAAAUGGGUGAAGAUGGUCAAGAACUGGGACAAGUAUAUUCGUGGAGAAAAGGUGAAGAGAGUUUCCUUCUACUAAAUGUACAUAAUAUAGGUUAUGUCUGCAGGGUUCUCAAUUGAACCCGUAAUCCCUAACACCUGUCACCAGUGCCAAAAGUAAGUGUUACGGCUGUCACAGUUCUUUGACCAAUCGAUCAAUUCAUCUAUCAAAUGCAAAUAAGAGAGCGAGUAAAUGACUUUGUAAAAUAAUUAUUGACUGUUACAGUAGUCGCUUGGCAAUGUACCUUUCUUCAGUUUUUCAAAAUGAAUAGCCUGUCAGCAGACCAAAGUGUACAAUCACUACACUUCACAACGUCGCCGCAACAUUGAAAUAUGGCUGCUGUAUUUUAAUUGUACAUUUGAGCCCAGGCCUCUUGCAGAUGUCAUCUUUCCACAUGGAAAAGCAUGGCCGUUGCAAAGCAUUUCUGAGCAUCUGAAAUCAAAAUAAAAUCCAGUGGGCACAUGCCAUGUGUUAUGCCUGUAAGUAGUAGAGCAACCACUGUACCAAAUUCUAUUGACUAGGAGACAAAGGAAAUAGAGGAUUAACCUAGGUUAAAAAGUUUUAACCUGAAAUCAAAUUUGACCUGUCAAUGUAAAACAUUUACUACAUGUGAUAAUAGUAGAAAUAUACAUGUACAGGGCUGUCAUUAAAAGCCGGGGGCUGGGGAUUUCCCUCGGCUACUAUGAGUGUGGUCCCCGGCUACUUUUAUUGGAAAAUAGAAGAAAAAUAAAACCAAAAGAAAUUCCUUGCUGUUUGAUUCCCUGCCUACUUGUUGUAUUUAUGCGGCAACUUGAAAUUUUAGUGACAACCCUGCAUGUAUAUUGCCUUUCAAAUAAUGUUUGAUACUUCAUGAAUAGUAUUGUUGUGGAAGAAGACCUAGGCUAUACAUGUAUGUCUCAUCUUGUAAGAACUUAUGUGUUCUGUUAUAGCUAAGAAGACGAGUCUAUAAAGGCAUUCCAAACUCUAUGCGAGGGGAAACUUGGAGGAAGCUCCUGGGCAUUGAUAGGAUUCCAGACAAAACUACAACCUAUGAGGUAUAUCACUACAUUAUUGUAUUAAUAUAGAUUUGAAUUACAUUUCUAGGACUUUACAACCAAAAUUCCUUAAUGUUGUCCAUGUACGCUCUACAUGUAUUUGGUUUGGUUCCUGUAACCAAAGGAAAAGCUUGAACCCUAACAGUUAAAUAUGGAGAAACCAGUUGCUGGUUUUAAACACAAACAGAUUUAACUAGAUGAAACACACAACAUCAAACACACAAGUUUCAACAUGGCCGUCCACUCACAAGCACUGCAGCUUUUUAAUGCGCAUGUGUAUAACUACAACCUGGCACAGACAAGUAACUAGCGAAUACAUAACACUGACAUACACCUGUAACCAUUGUUGAAGUGAUAAUUCUUUUCUUUUUUUUUGUAUUUUAACGAAUUUUUAAUUUGUUUUACAAUAAGUUCGUAGGCUCUCUCACCUGUUGCAUACUUCUUGCAAGUUCCUUGAUUUUGACUUCAUUUUCCUUGUCUUUCCUCCCAAUACCAAUCUUUGCCCAGAAUGUGAUUAAAAAGCAUUCUGUAGGUAUUUCUGCAAGAAGGUUACAAAACUUCAAUUUGGGUUGUCUUAUUUGCCAGUCAUAUUUCUAUUAGUAAUUUAUUAUGAUUUCAUGAUAUUACAUAAUAUCUCCUUCACAUUAUUAUUCUGCUUUGUAGUCUAUGAAAAGAAUUGCAAGGACACAGUCUCCAGACAUUCGGCAGAUUGACCUUGAUGUGAACAGAACCUACAGAGAUCACAUCAUGUUUAGGGACAGAUAUGGAAUCAAGUAAGUCAGCAUUUGCUUCCAAUCUUGGGGUAUCAAAGUAAAAAUUCUAAAAAAAUAUAUACAUUUCAUUUUCAAAAUAUAGAAAUAAAACUCAUGUGUUGAGCAGUUCUAUACUGAUUUCUUCUUGAUCAUAAAUAAUCACACAAUAAGAUACAUGUGCAUGAUAAGACACUAAAAUAAUUUCUAAACUGUCUAUGCCAGCUGUACUGAUGAAUGCUACUUGGUUCCUUCACAAGUUAUAUUUCUUUGAAUCUGUUCCCCAUCCUUGUAGAAUCUUAUGUCAAACUUGGUAGAACUUAAACACCACUGUAACUUUGUAUUCUGAAUUUUUUGAAAUUUCAGGCAACAAGCAUUGUUUCAUGUUCUUGCAGCCUACUCUAUGUAUAAUGUGGUAAGUUUUUAUGUUGUGUGUAGUUAAUUUAAGCUAGUAGGAUAAAUACAUGUGUGUGGAAUAAGGUAAUGAUGAAAAGUAAUACCAAAAGACUUACGUUGUCAAAAAAGCUCUCCACAAAAGAACUAAAACAUGCACUGUUUGACUUUCUAAAAGCAGAAGAUUCCUAUGCUGACAUAAAUAUAAUAUUAUUAUUUAUAGUUCAAAGACAAUAUGAUAAAAAAGAGCUAAAGUAGAAUAUUUGUCUUUUCUGCUGCCUUUUCUCAGAAAAAUUACACACUCUUCAUCUUCUCUUCCCUUCUUUUUUCAUUUUUAUUAUUUUUAUAUUACUAAUUUUCCUUUUCAAAUGUCCUUUUGUUUAUUUAUAAUGUAUAAUGAUUAGAACUGAGCCACCUUGACUAACUUUUGCUAUCUUGAGGUCAACUCGUAAUUGCAUGAUUGUUUCAUUAAUUCUGAAAAAAAUUGUUGUAGUGGUAUUUAAUUACUCAGAGAAUAAAAUAAAACAGACAUCAACUCUUUAAAAGGAUGCCUAAUUUCAUCAUUAGCAAGUUUAGGGGUAGCUAACAGUGGCUGACUCAGAUCUUCAAGUAAGACGGGGCCUGUUCACUUAGACCCUUAAUAAGAGGGGCACAGCCUUGAAUUUUUUUUUCUUUUUAUCUUGCCCUUAGAUGUACAGUUCAAGCUCCGGUUGUUCAAACGUUGGAUAGCGUUAUCCACCUUUUGAUCAACUGGGCAAAGAACACAAAGAACCUCAAGUAUUUGUAAUGAAACCAUGUACAUGCAUUGUAUUUCUUGUUCACUUGUAGGAGGUGGGAUAUUGUCAAGGCAUGAGUGGAAUAGCAGCUCUGCUUCUUAUGUACUUAAAUGAAGAGGUGAGCUAUUUCACAUACAAAGGAAUGUAACAAGUGGAAAAAUGAGUUUUGUUUACCAGGAACGGAACUGAAAUCUCUCACCUUAAUCAUUGUCCCAAAAGUAGCCAUGUUGAAUUUUUUGUAUAUUUGCUGUUGUCAUUGUGUGUGUUACGGGUCAAAAUCAUAUUCAGGUUAAAAUUAUUUAAGCUAAGGUUGAUUCUCUAUUUACUUUGUUUCCUAGCCCUAAUUCAAUUGUCGAUUCAACAUGAGAGUAGCUUAGAAUCAAAGGUGGCAUUUUGCAGAACUGCUCUCUGAUUUACCAGUAACAAAUUUUAUUUGUUUUGUUUCUACUAGGAUGCUUUCUGGGCAUUGUCAGCACUUCUCACCGAUAAAAAACAUGCUAUGCAUGGUAAGGACAUCGUGAUAUGUUGCAAUGACCCUGUCAUUGCUCAAGUCCGUAAUCCACUUAAUUUAAUUUAAUUUAAUUAAUUUAAGUUAGAUAAUUUAAUUUGAUUAAUUUAAUUUAAUGUUAUAAUAAUUUAAUUUAUAGUUAUGGACCUAAGCUUACAGUGUAUGCUCAUUUGACAUUAUGUAGUGACAUGGCACUAUAGAUAUUUAAUUCUUUUGCAGGGUUUUUUGUGCCUGGUUUUCCCAAGCUGCUCAGAUUUCAAGAGCACCAUGAUAGGAUUUUAAAGAAGUUGUUGUCUAGACUUUUUAAAAAUUUGGUAAGUUUUCUGUCAGACUGGCUGUUCUGUGAUCACCCGACUGGAAUGAUAUUGUGUUGUAGAAAAAAGCCAAUUAGGGGUGAGAAAACUAGACCACAAGCAACAACAGUGAACAGAACAGACAUGUUGUAAAAUAAAGGAAAUGUAGAUAUAAAAAAUUAUAAGGUGUAUUCCCCAUGGCUGAAAUUCUAUCCCAGGUCAGUCAAAAUACACCAAACUGUGCUCUGCAGUCCUUGCAGCACCCCUUCACAAAGUUAACAUUUUCCUGGGGAAGGCUCCUGGACUCCCCCAGUCCCUUCCCCAUACUUUUCAAUCUGAUCUAUUUCCACCAACUUAUUCUCAGAAAACUGUGAACACCUGAAAAAUUUCAGGAAUGUUGAUUGUGCACUGGCUAAUUAUAAUAAAGUUCAGGAUGCACAAGCAAACCUCAAACCAGAAACUAAUUACCGUUGCUGUUGGCGGUUUAGUUAUCUCGUGCCUUAUUGGCUAAUUUCUUGCGACACAAUAACAAUCCAUAAAUAUUCCUGGUGUUCACGGUUUUGUGAGUUUCACAGUAAGUGUUAUUUCUAGUUUGUUAUUGUAGCCCAGAAACAAGAGAGAGAGAGUGUGGUGAAAUUAAGACCCCACUCAUUGCUCAUGCCCAGGAAUUCUUGCCCACUGAGCUAUGUAGAGACUUGGCGAAGCUAGUAGUUAUUUGCCUUGGUAAAAAGUCAAUAAAAUUCUGAAUGAGAGUCAUUUGUGAAUGUUUUCAUUCUAUAGGUCCAGAUGUUUGAAAUUAUUGAUCCACUCACGUGCGCAGGUUAUGCGUGAAGUAACUUUUUCAAAGAAAAAAUUUAAUAUGAGACCGCUCGCAGUCUAUCAUGUUGCUUACAUGCUCAUUUCUGUGCAGUCUAACCUCCACUAACAGCCACCUCUCUACAGCAGCCAUUUUUUUGGCAGACAGUCCUUACAUUCACUCUUGUUUCAACCUUUUUACAACAGCCACCUCUCUACAACAGCCAUUUUUUUGGCAGACAGUCCUUACAUUCACUCUUGUUUCAACCUUUUUACAACAGCCACCUCUCUACAACAGCCAUUUUUUGGCAGACAGUCCAUUCACUGUUGUUUCAACCUUUUUGCCACCUCUCUACAACAGCCAUUUUUUCAACAUUCACUGUUGUUUUCUUUUUACAACAGCCACCUCUCUACAACAGCCAUUUUUUUGGCAGACAGUCCUUACAUUCACUCUUGUUUCAACCUUUCUACAACAGCCACCUCUCUACAACAGCCAUUUUUUUGGCAGACAGUCCUUACAUUCACUCUUGUUUCAACCUUUUUACAACAGCCACCUCUCUACAACAGCCAUUUUUUGGCAGACAGUCCUUACAUUCACUGUUGUUUCAACCUUUUUACAACAGCCACCUCUCUACAACAGCUUUUUUUUUUUUGGCAGACAGUCCUUACAUUCACUCUUGUUUCAACCUUUCUACAACAGCCACCUCUCUACAACAGCCAUUUUUUUGGCAGACAGUCCUUACAUUCACUGUUGUUUCAACCUUUUUACAACAGCCACCUCUCUACAACAGCCAUUUUUUGGCAGACAGUCCUUACAUUCACUGUUGUUUCAACCUUUUUACAACAGCCACCUCUCUACAACAGCCAUUUUUUUGGCAGACAGUCCUUACAUUCACUCUUGUUUCAACCUUUCUACAACAGCCACCUCUCUACAACAGCCAUUUUUUUGGCAGACAGUCCUUACAUUCACUGUUGUUUCAACCUUUUUACAACAGCCACCUCUCUACAACAGCCAUUUUUUGGCAGACAGUCCUUACAUUCACUGUUGUUUCAACCUUUUUACAACAGCCACCUCUCUACAACAGCCAUUUUUUUGGCAGACAGUCCUUACAUUCACUCUUGUUUCAACCUUUCUACAACAGCCACCUCUCUACAACAGCCAUUUUUUGGCAGACAGUCCUUACAUUCACUGUUGUUUCAACCUUUUUACAACAGCCACCUCUCUACAACAGCCAUUUUUUUGGCAGACAGUCCUUACAUUCACUCUUGUUUCAACCUUUCUACAACAGCCACCUCUCUACAACAGCCAUUUUUUUGGCAGACAGUCCUUACAUUCACUCUUGUUUCAACCUUUUUACAACAGCCACCUCUCUACAGCAGCCAUUUUUUUGGCAGACAGUCCUUACAUUCACUCUUGUUUCAACCUUUUUACAACAGCCACCUCUCUACAACAGCCAUUUUUUUGGCAGACAGUCCUUACAUUCACUCUUGUUUCAACCUUUUUACAACAGCCACCUCUCUACAACAGCCAUUUUUUUGGCAGACAGUCCUUACAUUCACUCUUGUUUCAACCUUUUUACAACAGCCACCUCUCUACAGCAGCCAUUUUUUUGGCAGACAGUCCUUACAUUCACUCUUGUUUCAACCUUUUUACAACAGCCACCUCUCUACAACAGCCAUUUUUUGGCAGACAGUCCUUACAUUCACUCUUGUUUCAACCUUUUUACAACAGCCACCUCUCUACAACAGCCAUUUUUUUUUGGCAGACAGUCCAUACAUUCACUCUUGUUUCAACCUUUUACAACAGCCACCUCUCUACACCAGCCAUUUUUUUGGCAGACAGUCCUUACAUUCACUCUUGUUUCAACCUUUUUACAACAGCCACCUCUCUACAACAGCCAUUUUUUUUGGCAGACAGUCCUUACAUUCACUCUUGUUUCAACCUUUCUACAACAGCCACCUCUCUACAGCAGCCAUUUUUUUGGCAGACAGUACUUACAUUCACUCUUGUUUCAACCUUUUUACAACAGCCACCUCUCUACAACAGCCAUUUUUUUGGCAGACAGUCCAUACAUUCACUCUUGUUUCAACCUUUUUACAACAGCCACCUCUCUACAACAGCCAUUUUUUUGGCAGACAGUCCAUACAUUCACUCUUGUUUCAACCUUUCUACAACAGCCACCUCUCUACAGCAGCCAUUUUUUUGGCAGACAGUACUUACAUUCACUCUUGUUUCAACCUUUUUACAACAGCCACCUCUCUACAACAGCCAUUUUUUUGGCAGACAGUACUUACAUUCACUCUUGUUUCAACCUUUUUACAACAGCCACCUCUCUACAGCAGCCAUUUUUUUGGCAGACAGUCCUUACAUUCACUCUUGUUUCAACCUUUUUACAACAGCCACCUCUCUACAACAGCCAUUUUUUGGCAGACAGUCCUUACAUUCACUGUUGUUUCAACCUUUUUACAACAGCCACCUCUCUACAACAGCCAUUUUUUUGGCAGACAGUCCUUACAUUCACUCUUGUUUCAACCUUUUUACAACAGCCACCUCUCUACAGCAGCCAUUUUUUUGGCAGACAGUACCUACAUUCACUCUUGUUUCAACCUUUUUACAACGGCCACCUCUCUACAAUGGCCACGUCUCUACAAUGGCCAUUUUUGGGGGGCAGACAGUCCAUACAUUGACUCUUGUUUCAACCUCUCUACAACGGCCACUUUCUUCUGUCCCCAAGGUGGCCGUUGUGGAGAGGUUCAACUGUACUUUGUAAUGCAAAAUCUUGAAUUCCACUUGUCUUAUCUUGUAUUCGGUCUGUCUUUUGUUUCAGGAAAAAGAAGGAUGUCAUUCCACUCUGUACACUCUAAAAUGGUUCAUGCAAUGUUUCCUUGACAGGGUGAGCUUUUGCUUCUAUAGUAUAAGAUCCAAGGGAUCAAAGUAAAGGACAUGCUAUAAAGGUGCAACCUAAGCUUGUUUGUGUUUCCUUGUUCUCGUAUUGACAAUUAUAUCAUGGAAAUUCAAGUACGAACCAUAGGCAAAUUUUCCAUUACGUUGUUGAAGAUAAGUUCAACAUCUCGCUAAUUUCCCACCACCAAGUAUGUACUUUGCACUUUUAUAUUGUGUUGUAGAGUCGAAUCCCAGUUUAUUCCCUUCCUCAGCCAAGCGUAUUUUACCCCUCGAUAAUUUGAAGUUUAAUGUUUAAAACAGAUUUUCUUUUCUCAAAAGGUAAAAAAAUUGAGGUGCCUCUUUCGUGCACAUUGCGCCUCUUCAAGCGAGAAAAAUUUGACGGGGUGGGGGGGACGCCCAGUCUAGUAGCCCUUGGGAUAUGUGAAUUUCACCAAAGUUAUUUUUAGACCUAUUAAACUCUUGUAGUUAUCGGAAGUUGGUUUCCGGAGAGGUCCGCGAACUUUUAUUCGGCGUUGUCGAGAGAGAAUUCAACAGUCGCCAUUAGGAUUUUCUGCAUUUUUUGCUUUGAGGACUUGAUUUGUGGACUUGAUUAAAAUGUGUAGACAACAAUUCAAGAUAAGUUAAGUAAAAUUCUCAUAUCCCGUCUAACCCCCUAAGAUUCCGUCUCUGUCCCUCUUGAUCUCUGUCUUUGGUUUUCGCCGGAUUAUUUCUUUUGGAUGUUAUUCCUUGCAGGAUCUAAUAGUGUUGUUCUGUUUUGUUGUUAGACACCGUUUACCUUGACGCUAAGAUUAUGGGACAUAUUUAUGCUGGAAGGAGACAGACUUCUUACUGCAAUGGCGUACAACAUUAUGAAAAUGCACCGAAGUACGGUUUAAUUUUGUUCCCUUUCUUUGGCAAAUAAGGAGCACUAUCUAAACGACCAUAAAUCACAGAAUUUUCUAAACAAGAACAAAAUUUUCCGAAAAGUUUCUGAAAAAUCUGAAAUCUUUUGCAUUUUGGAUGUAGCGUUUAUUACAUUUACAGUUAGUAUUAGAUUAAGGAUUGUCAUUACAUUUCGCGGUGAUACAGCUUUCAGGAAAUGCUUGUAAAAUAUUAGACCAAGUCAGUGUUUCUCUAACUAAUCUUAUUGGUUUUUUUUUUUUUUGCUAGAAAUUUUCGUCAAAAUGGGGCUAGAAGAAGUUGUGCAGUUCUUACAAGAGAGAAUGCAUUCUUACCCGUACGAUGACGACGAAGUAAUAGAUAUGCUCCAGGCCACCAUGUUCGAGUUGAAACGUUUGGGACUGGACACUCCGCCGGCGCCUUCCAAAGAGGAGUUCCCAUCACUCCCUCCUGGCGCAUCACUAAAACGAGGCGUCUACCAAACUGCGUCUGCGCGUGCGAGAAAAAACAAGGAGAAAGAUAAGAUUAUCCACGUUCCCAUGGAGAGGCCACCCUCUCCUGCCUCGCCGGAAAUUUCCCCUCUUCGUGGCGUUCCGACGAAUUUAUCUCAUUCGCCUUCAGCUAAUAUGUAUCGGAGUGAGACUUCGGUUUCCACUUUCAUGGGAACUCCUACGGAAUACCAAAGCCAAGCUUCGGUGGCAACCAUAAUCGAAAUUCCGCGGCAUCCGCCUCGCGGAGGACACAGUCCGUCACUGAUGCGAGCGGACAUGAACCACCAGCACGUUGUGAACGAUGAUGCUCGCUGGCUAGACCAGCGAAAGAGCGAUGGACAUAACCUGGAUGUUUUACGGUUUAAGCCUCCGGACAGUCGAAUGGUUUUUCGCUCUGAGACCGUUCUUUCCUCACCCGAUGACUCUUUGGACGGGAGUAUAAGACGGCGUAGGGUUACCGACAGCGGUUACAAUACAGUGUCAACGUUUCGGCCAAUCAAUGGAGAUGUGGACGCACUUGUAAUGGCCGCCAAGCCCGGUGGCUCGCCCAUUUGGAAACACCAUCCAAACGAACAUCAGGUCACUUUAACUUUUGUUUAGUUAUGUACAGCGGAAGACAAAGGUGAAAAACGUUAGUUGUCGUGGAAACCGGUCGUUUCCAUACGAACUCAAGCAUUGAAAUUGCACAAAAAAUUUCGAUCACCUCAAGUAUAGUUUGAGCGUGAACAAGAAAAAUGUUUUGCUUGAAUAUUCUCCGUUGUUUAAGUCAAGUUCAUGAAACUAUUUACAACUCGACUGAAUAAACUUGUAUCGAAACGACCGGUAAUCGUUUUUGUGCGCCAGUCGAUCUUAUAAAAAGGCGGUAAAACUCUUUGGCAACAAUUAAUCAUGCGCGCACCGGUGCGGUAACAAUACACUUUUUUUAACUCUUUACAAUGCUGACGUAGCUGUCGUAUUAGAGAGAGCGGAUUAUGUCUUUGUUUUAAAUAGUGCGAAGCCGAAUGGCCUGCAAGUUUGCUGCAAAGCAGUAAAGAAUGAAGUGAACUCGUUUGCAUGGAAGUGCAUUGGCAACUUCUUAAGAAUCAGGCUUUAUUGACCAUUUUUAUAACAAACUUUUGAACUUUGAUUAGUGGAUCUAACAGUACCGUAAGACUUUACUCGACCAGUAUAGAUAUAUUAAGGUAUUAUUUGGAACCAUUAUAAAUGGCGUUUACGUGAUCCGACUUGGCCCAGCUUAAAGCCUUUCUUUAAGACCAACGCGCGUGCUCACUUUUGUCUUUAAUGAUAGUUCUGUAGAUAAAUAUGAGAUUUUAAUCAAUAUCGUUCAUCCUUUGGCGGAUGCAUGUAACAUGUUCAAGGGGUUCUUAAUGUUAAGCGUUAAAAUUUUAAGACGUAGAUGUCUCACUGUACAGGGCGGGGCAACCCUCUAAACGCGUAGCAUGAUUAAUAUUUGGCAGACAAUUUCAUAAAAAGAGAAUUAAAGUUAGGAUAUAUCAGUAAAGCCUGUUAAAUUUAAUGAAUUUAAGCGGGAGAAUCAAGAAGGCAAUACAGCCAUGUGCAUGUACUUUAUUUGAAAGAGAAAUGUUACCACCGAUGUCGUUGAGAUUGAGGCUGUAGAUCGUAUUAUAAGUAACAAAUCAAGACUACGAAUUUUAGACGUUUCCUUAUAUUGAAGAAGUUUAUGAUUAAAAUUUUACUCGUGGAGUUCUUGAUUGUUAUUUAUUGAUUUGUGUUAUCCGUAUUUUUACCAAAAGGCGUAGCUGUAAAUUGAGUUGAGACGUGGUUUGCUAGUGCACGUGACUCGUAUGAAUCCUAGUUAUAUUCACAAGUCAAGGUUUCUAAUGUGUCACGUUGGUCAUAAGUCAGUGACAGCACUGGCGUGACACUAAACGAGAGACUCGAUUGUGCGGACUGCUGUUUUGAAUUCGCAGAAGUUAACAGAAUCUAACAGAUAUAGGGAGAAAAUUGCUGUCAUGGUCUUAGCAGCAUCCUGUGCCAUGAACACCGCCUUGACCGUCUCUACCGGCAGCACAUUGACGCACGGGGAAUAUGGCGUUGAUUUUCUCUUUUUAUGGCACCUUACUAACGUCAAAUAACUGAACUAAUAACAUUCAGAGCUUCUUAAGUGACCAAAACAUUCGGUGAAGUUUCAACUCUUAGACGAGCACUACAUUUGUCUAGCCUAGUAUGAUCGGCAAUGUUGGCCAGUCGCCAUUUCAAAGCAACUGAAUCAAGCAAAACCAAUACCUGGUACAUGAUACUACUACUACUGUUUUUUUUUACGUUUUACUUAAUGAGGAAAGACUUUAUUUCACGAGAUAGUCUCUGAGUGAAGCAAUUCUUGGCAGUAACAGAAAACGUGUCGCAGUUACAAAACGUGGAGUACUACCGCACAGUAUCUCGACAGACUUGAGGACGCAUUCUCAGUGGUACCAUAUCUUUGCACGACUUUUUCCAGUUGGCACCAUAAGCAAGAGAAACACCGCUAGAAAAGAAAAGGCAAGUGAAAUUUUUAGAAGCACUUGACUCACCCACAAACGCGACAGUUUUACUCUAAAAGGUCUAAUCACUAAUCUCAGUUUUGAACUAAUGCAAAACAGAAUUGAGUAGAUUGGUGUUCUCUUCUAAACGGUCUUGUGUAUGCCUUACCGUUUCAUUCGCCGCAAGUCAUGUGCAGUCCUUACUUGUGAAUGUAACUGUGGACAGUUUAAUCAUUCACUGUGUACUUAGUUUGUUACCUGCUGCAUGUUAGUGUAAAAAACGACCAAACAAGACAUCAAAGAAAACAAGCUACUCGUUUCGACCUAUAGAAUUUCUACAAAGCAAGGAUGGGGAAAGGUGCUCAAAGUUGCUUCGAGACAUAAGUGCAGUUUAAGGGCGAGAGAAGAAAUUUUCUCGCGCUUUCUCAGGAGCUUGUCAAAGGUUUUGGGUGGUAAUUAAUUGUCGUAGUUCUAUUCUUUGUGGUUAAUUUUCCUUACUAACUCCUUCUUUUUCUUCAUAGAAUUCCAGUCGACGGAGUAUGCGCAAUAACAGAACCGGAAGCCAGUCCAGCUUGAGCAGCAGGAACAGUCAGUUUAGCCUGCAGAAUGUCACGUGGGAGGCUUCUAAAACGAACUUGUUCGGUAUCACAGAGCUUUGAGUUAGCAAAUACUGAUUGUGAGUUGGUGACAAAGGGCUUUGGGAACACAGCAAAGCAAGCCAAUGGCUACAGCUGCGCCUUCCGCUAUAAUUUGCCGCUCUGCGAUUGGUCAAGCCAGUUGUUUGAUUUGCGCGCACCGUCGUCAACUGACAUUCCCGUUCUGUUGCUAAAUUAGGCUAUUUAUGAACAUCUGAUGUGGAGCUUUUGGCUAACGCAGUACACAUGUAUAUCGCCAGUCGGAGUACAACUUCCACUGGGUCUUGAAGACGCACGGUUUUCACUAAGAUGGUCACCCUCAUGUGUUCUCAAUGCGGGUCCAAUUUUAAAAAAGUCAUGGAUAAAUGAGUAUAAUGAUCACUCAUCAAGUCGAUCUCCCGCCUAGACGUAAACGGAGUUUGAAUCUUACGGCUAGCAGGGUUCGAACGAGUGGUCGAAAUCCUUGAUAGACGUGCCAAGAAGUUGAAUAUUUUAACCACUGUUAAAUUAUUACAAGCAAAGGUUUAAUAAUAUAUAUCGUUGAAUUUUACAUGUAUAUUAAAUUAAACGCAGCUCAGUUGCAAUACAAUACAAUACGUCAUUUACCCACGCUAGCGCGCGGGGGACGAUGGGAAGAGGGACAACACGGGAACCUAUCCUUCCCAUCCUUCCUCGCGCGCUUUGUUUUCCCUUUCCCCAACCUCCUUGCCAGAAGUCUCUGCGCAGGAAAGAAAAGGGUGAUUGAUUCCGUUGCCUGUUGGUUGAAGCUGCGACAAAGAAACUUGGCUUGAUUCUCGUGUCACGGGAACGCUUCCAUUAUUCUUGAAAAUUCUCAGAUGGGGUCAGAAACCAUGAGAAUCGAAGUGAGAAUGGCGAACUAUACUAGUUUAUGAAGAUAAGCAAAGGA